AUGAGUGCAGACAACCUGGAUGCCAAUUUUACAGAUGACGAAGAUAUUCUAGCGUUUGAGGAGGCCCUAAACGCUGACAAUCACGCCACUGAGGAGUCAGUGAUCUCCCGCGUGAGCUCGGUUGCCAACCUGGAGUACCCGCACGCGAGGCGCAAACGCCACAAGCCAGUGGUAGCUGAGCGUGUUGCCGGCUCGGUGCCGUUUGAAGCCACCAAUUCGCUCAGUUUCCAGGUCCUCAGAUACCCGUUUUUGUUCUUUAUCAUGCUCUGGCUGGCGGUAUUGAGCAUACUCUACAUGAUUGUGAGACUGUCUGUAUUGGUGAGCGAGCAAAUUUUGGCAAACACGGCGGAGCGCAGACAGCUGAUGGCCAAGCUCCAGAGCGCGACAAACUACGACGAUUACGUGGCGAAGGCCAAGGAAGUGGAUGCUCAGCUGGGCCUUGACGAGUGGAAACGCGAGGACCGGUCGUCGGAGUACGACUGGCGGACACUUCGGCGACUCAAGGCCGACCUGCGGCGCCUGCGACUCGAGGAGAACUUUGAGGAGUUGAUGGUGGUUCUGCAGACGUGUGUCAAGUCGAACUUUGCUGGCAUCGAGAACCCAAUUCUCUACUCGCAGUGCUACUACGGCACGAAACGACUGAUCCAGGACUACAUCCACGAGGUUGUUGCGUCGAUCAACGCCAUCACAGAGACCGAUAAGGUUGCUGUUGAGGAAAAACACAUCUUUUUCAAAAUCGUCUCGCGAAACUACGGCAAGACGGCGCUCGCACUGAGCGGAGGAGCGUCUUUCUGCUAUAAUCAUUAUGGAGUUCUUAAGGCCUUGUUGGAGAACGAUCUUUUGCCAAACAUUAUGAGCGGCACAUCCGGCGGCGGCAUCAUUGCUGCGCUGGCCACCACCAGAACCAACAAAGAGCUGCUCUCGUUGCUGACUCCCAAACUUGCCAAGCGCAUCAACGCCGCGGACGGGAAGACGAUGCUGGACUGGCUCAAGCAAUGGUGGGCCACAGGCGUGAUUUUCGACCCAAUCACCCUUGCCCGCAAGGCUCAGUGGUGGACUCUUGGCUCCACCACGUUCCAGGAGAGCUUUGAGCGCACGGGCAAGGUCCUCAACAUUUCGACUACGCCGCACGAGAUGCACUCAUCUGAGGUUGUGUGCAAUCACAUCACGGCGCCCAACUGCUGUAUCUGGUCCGCUUUGCUUGCCUCGGCCGCCGUUCCCGGUGUUCUCAAGCCGGUGGUGUUGAUGGAAAAGGACAGGAAAACGAAAAAAAUCAGGCCGUUUUCGUUUGGAAGCAAAUGGCAGGACGGAUCUCUCCGGUCGGACAUCCCGCUGCAGUCUCUCAACGCGUAUUUCAACGUCAAGUUCACCAUUGUUUCGCAGGUGAACCCGCACGUUCUUCUGUGGUUCUACAAGAGCCGUGGCGACGUUGGUCGUCCUGUGCCGCGUCCAAUGGGCAAGAGUUUCCGCGGCGGUUUUCUACCCAGCUACUUUGAAAAUCUCAUCAAGCUGGAGGGUAUCAAAUGGCUCAAAAUGAUGAAAGACUUCCAGAUCAUUCCGAACUUCUUGGAGAGCGACUGGUCGGACGUGUUUCUGCAGCGGUUCGACGGCACCAUCACAAUAUUCCCGAAAAUAAAAAUAGCAGACUAUUUCGAUCUUCUGGGCGACCCCACAGAGGAGCAGCUUGCAGAGCUCAUAGCGAACGCAGAGCACGUGACGUAUCCGAAGCUACUGUUUAUCAGGAACCGGCUGGAAAUGGAGAGAGCUAUAGAGCGCGGCCGCAAGCUGAGCAGAAAUACAGCCACCGACGUCAACCAAACGUCUUCGAGCGAGGAUCUCGAUGACGACGACGACGAUGACGACUAUUCCGACUCCCAGACGCCAUAUAUGGGUCUUAGACACCGAAGCAUUUGA